AUGGAACUGCCACUCCUGGGCAUGACUACAACAGAAAUUUGUUUCCAGUCCACCACCGUCAACGCAACCUUCUAUGUCACAAAGGGACAAAAUGGUAAUCUCUUGAGCUGCAACACUGCCGAAAGUUUAGGAAUCCUAAAGAUAAACGGUAAACUCUGUUUUAGAUACCCCCAACACACCUCCCGAGAAAAAUUUUCCAGACUUGUUCGAUGGAAUUGGCAAGAUAAAGGACAAGACAAUCAAGUUGCAUAUUGAUCCCGAGAUUGAACCUAAGGAACAGUCUCACCGCCCUAUCCCAUUUCAUAUUCGUCAAGACGUUGGGGGAGAACUUAAACGCCUGGAAGAUCUAGAUAUUAUCGAAACAGUCGAGGGCCCCACCCAUUGGGUGAGUCCAAUUGUCGUAGUUCCAAAGAAAUCCGGAGAAAUCCGUCUCUGUGUUGACAUGCGGGAAGCAAAUAAAGCCGUGAAAAGAGAAAAGCACCUUAUGCCAACCCUUGACGAACUCAUUGCUGAUCUUAAUGGGGCAACUGUAUUCAGUACCCUAGAUCUCACGUCUGGCUACCACCAACUCGAACUUCACCCGGAAAGCCAUCAUGUGACAACAUUUUUUACCCAUGUCGGUCUUCGACGAUAUAAGAGACUCAUGUUUGGCAUAAACGCCGCAUCGGAAAUAUUCCAAAAUUCAAUCGCUGAACUUCUUACCGGACUGCCGGGAUGUAUAAACAUUUCCGAUGACAUCAUUGUUUAUGGUCGUGACGUCAGAGAGCAUGACGAAAACCUAAACAGUGUUUUAACCCGUCUACGAGAAUGCAACGGCCGCCUCAACCCAACUAAAUGCACCUUCCGUAAGUCAGAAGUGAUCUUCUACGGACAUUUCUUCAGCGCAAAAGGGAUCAAAGCUGCUCCUCAGAAAGAUGCUAUCAAAACCAUGCAACCUCCAGAAAGUCCAAGUGAAGUGAAGUCCCUUCUUGGUAUGGCUCAAUAUGUUUCACGUUUCAUUCCUAACUACGCUGCCAUCACUGCCCAUCUACGUGCACUGACCCAUCAGAAUUCUGUGUGGAAAUGGCACAAAGAAGAGGAAACUGCCUUUCGAAAGCUACAGGAUGAGCUAACCAGUGAUCGAGUUAUGUCCUACUUCGACCCAACAAAGCCCACCGAAGUACUGGUCGAUGCAAGCCCCAUGGGUGUAGGAGCUAUUCUAAUGCAAGAUGGGAAAGUCAUCAGUUACGGAAGUCGCUCGCUGUCCGAUGUCGAAUCGCGUUACUUCCAGACUGAACGAGAGAUGCUUGCAGUCGUCUGGCCAUGCAUGGGCAACUUAGCAUUAUCAUCUCUAUCUAUACGGUGCGAAGUUCACACUAAUAACUGA